GGAGGCUAUGUUAGCCCCAUUCAUCUCCCUUUCAUCUGUUUCAACCCUUCUUUUUUUUUUUUCCUUUAAAAAAUAUAUAUAUAUAUUUUUUUAGUGCUGCUGUUUCUCUUUGCUGUUUGCUGUAGAUGAGAGAUGGAUGUUCACCACAAAAACAACAAGCCCCUCCUUAUUAGGGAAUUCAACGAAGAGAGGGACUUGAAGAUGGUAGAGAGGCUAGAGAGGAAUUGUGAGAUUGGGUCUAGGAAAGGCCUCUCUAUCCUUACUAACAUGAUGGGGGAUCCCUUAUGUAGGAUUAGGCUCUACCCAACUCAUGUUAUGAUGGUUGCUGAGCUGGUCCAAACUGGGGAGGUUGUUGGGGUGGUCAGAGGUUGCAUGAAGUGUGUGGGGACUGGCUUAGGUGCAUCACAUGUCAAGAUGGGUUGUAUCCUUGGUCUUAGAGUAUCUCCUAAGCACAGGCGAAUGGGAAUCGGUUUGAAGCUAGUAAAAUCAGUUGAAGAGUGGGCCAUAAGAAAUGGGGCUCAAUACAUAUAUCUAGCCACAGAGAAGAACAACGUAGCGUCUACGAAUCUCUUCACGCUCAAAUGCAAUUACUUGAAAUUAACCUCCCUAGUCAUACUAGUCCAACCGAUAAUUUCUCAUGCUACCGAUCCUUCUCCAGACAUCCGAAUAGAGAAGUUAAGCAUCGAGCAAGCAGUUUCAUUGUACAAGGCCAGGCUUGGCAGCAAGGACUUCUUUCCGGUCGACAUCGACGCAAUCCUCCGUGAAAAGCUGAGUAUGGGGACAUGGGUGUCAUUUUUCAAGGAAGAGGAAUGGAUUGGUUUGCAUUGCAAUAAGAAGAAUGAUUUGUUCACUGGAAAAACUCCUAGCUCUUGGGCUGUUCUAAGCAUAUGGAAGACAUAUGAAGCUUACAAGCUUCAAAUAAGAGGGGCCCACCUACUUAGAGUUUUUUACACUACCCUAAGCAAUAUGGGAGCUAAGGUUUUCCCAUGCCUUAAAAUACCGUUGCUUUGUGAGAUACCCUACAAGCCCUUUGGCUUUCUCUUCUUGUAUGGGCUGCAUGGGGAGGGAGAGAGAGUGGGGGAGCUUUUCAAAUCUCUGUGGUGCUUUGCAUACAAUCUAGGCCGGAAGGUGAAGGAUUGCAAGGUGGUUGUCACUGAAUUAGGAAUGUGUGACCCUUUAUUGGGCCAUGUCCCACAUGGGCCAUCCAUGUCUUGCAUUGAUGAUCUUUGGUGCUUCAAGAGAGUCGAUGGCGUGAUUGACGAUCAGGGCCGUUGGAUCGGCAUGCAAUCGUUGGCACGUGUGUUUGUUGAUCCAAGAGAAUUCUAAGGUUAGUUGUUAAGUGGUGUUUGUUAGACAUGAACAUGUAUUUUAGGUUUACAUAUGCAGUGUAAUGAUAAUGGCUUGUAUGCUCUAUAAGAUGUUGACCAAAAUACAGUGUUUCUAGUUUCAA